CUUUUAUUUUGAGGCAUCCGGAACUUGGGGACGCGCGUUUAUGUAGCGCACGGAGAGGGAGCGCCGAGGACCGUAAGCUGGCAAAGAAGUGGAAAGGGGGAAAAGAAGGCCCCAAAUCCUAUUCCUUUCAGUAGUUGCUGCUCCUCCUCUCGCUGGAUCUCGGCCAUGGCGGUCGCCGCGGCGCUAAUGGUCGUCCCCUUCGGCCUCCUCUUCCUACUAUCGGGGUUGAUCGUGAACGUCGUUCAGGCUGUCUGUUUUAUUACAAUACGGCUUUUUUCCAAAAGUCUUUAUAGGAGGAUUAAUAGAGUGCUGGCUGAGUUACUGUGGCUCCAGCUUGUUUGGCUUGUUGAUUGGUGGGCUGGUGUUAAGAUUCAGGUAUAUGCCGAUUCCAAGACAUUUGAAUCAAUGGGUGAAGAGCAUGCACUUGUGAUUUCAAAUCACAGAAGCGACAUUGAUUGGCUUGUUGGAUGGAUUUUAGCUCAGCGUUCAGGUUGUCUUGGUAGUGCGUUAGCUGUGAUGAAGAAGUCAUCGAAGUUCCUUCCAGUUAUUGGUUGGUCAAUGUGGUUUGCUGAAUAUCUCUUCCUGGAAAGAAGCUGGGCCAAGGAUGAGACCACAUUGAAGUUGGGUCUGCAAAGAUUAAAGGAUUUUCCUAGACCGUUUUGGCUGGCACUUUUUGUUGAGGGGACACGCUUUACUCCAGCAAAACUUUUAGCGGCACAAGAAUAUGCAGCUUCACAGGGUCUGCCAACUCCAAGAAAUGUUCUGAUUCCACGUACUAAGGGUUUUGUUUCAGCUGUAAAUAUCAUGCGGCCUUUUGUUCCUGCCAUAUACGAUGUAACAGUGGCUAUUCCAGCAGAUCAACCUUCACCAACAAUGCUCAGAAUUCUGAAAGGGCAAUCUUCAGUUGUACAUGUCCUCAUAAAACGGCAUGCUAUGGCUGAUAUGCCUGAAACAGAUGAUGGAGUAGCACAAUGGUGUAAAAACUUAUUUGUAGCUAAGGAUGCUUUACUAGAUAAUUAUAUAUCAGAGGGCACAUUUGGCGUUGAACAAAGACAAAUUGGUCGACCUUUAAAGUCCUUGCUGGUGUUUGCAUUUUGGUCUUGUGUGCUAUCAUAUGGUGUAUUCAGAUUCUUCAAGUGGUCAGAGCUCCUGUCGACGUGGAAAGGAGUCGCGAUAUCAACAGCGGCACUAUUACUGGUCGUAAUAGUUAUGCACAUCUUCAUUCUAUUUUCCCAGUCGGAACGCUCGAGCACAGCAAGGGCUGCACGAACUCGAGCGAAGAAAGAUUAGUGUACUUCCCAGAGGUAAAAACUACUCAGCAACUUAUUAUGAAAUGGGAAACUUGAAGCACUUUUCCUUGUUAUUUGCAAAGUCACAACUAGAAUGCCACUAGGAUGUAGACUAUUGUUUGGAAUUUGUUGUUGCACUUCCAUUUUUUGGUCCUAGGCACAUAUUAGAGAAACCUCGUCUUUUUCCAAUUUUUGGUCCUGCAAGUAUUAUUGAAGUUCCUGGGAAGAAAUUUUUGUUAUAUAUGCUUGUUAUCUGUC